AUGUCUCUUCCCCGCUCCGACUACGACCCCCGCAGGGUCUGCCUCAACCCCUUCCCAGACGUCAACCUUGGCAAGCACCGCCGCACCAUCGGCAUCUACCUCGCCGGCGCCCUCUUCGCGCUCGCAAACUGGACCUUCCUCGACGCCGCCAUCCUCUCCGCACACGCCCACCCGCCGUAUGAGGACCCGCAGAUCCCGCCCCCGGUGCACGUCACCUUCGCCGACUGGAUCCCUGGCCUCUGCUCCCUCGCGGGCAUGCUCGUCGUGAACCUCAUCGACAAGGACCGCAUCCGCGGCGAAGACUCCGGUUUCUCGGGUGACUCUGGUGCCGUCUGGCGCGCCCGGCUCUUCCUCUUUAUCGGGUUCGCGCUCAUGGCAGGCGGGUUGGCAGGGAGCAUUUCCCUCCUGGUACUCAAGUACGUGUUGAAGGACUAUGCGGAGCAGUACACGUACUAUGGCUACGCCAACGUCUCCCAGAACGUUGCGCUCAUGCUUUCCGCCAUUGUCCUCUGGAUCGCCCAAAGCGCCCAGAGCGAGUACGAUUACAACCUCACCCUCUGA